AUGAAGGACUGCGAGUACCGGCAGAUCCCGCCCGGGGUAGCGGUACCGGCACCGGGUACAAUCAAUUCGCCACUUCCACCACCCGUCGGCUCGGAGCGGCCCGGUACGGCCCGUCGUCCUCGGCGGAAGUGGGAGGUGUUCCCGGGCCGCAACCGUUUCUACUGCGGCGGCCGCCUCAUGCUGGCGCGGCACAGCGGCGUCUUCGCCCUCACCCUCGGCCUCAUCCUGGCCACCAGCGGCCUCUUCUUCGCCUUCGACUGCCCCUUCCUUGCCAGUCACCUCACCUUGGCCAUCCCCAUCAUUGCAGCCGUCCUCUUCUUCUUUGUCAUCAGCUGCCUGCUCCAGACAAGCUUCAGAGACCCAGGUAUCCUGCCCAGAGCCACCCCAAGUGAGGCUGCAGACCUGGAAAAGCGGAUCGACAGCAUGGGUACCUCUACCUAUCGCCCACCGGCCCGCACGAUGGAAGUGGUCAUCAACAAGUACGUGGUGAAACUCAAGUACUGCUACACCUGCAAAAUGUUCCGCCCUCCACGCACCUCGCACUGCAGUGUCUGUGACAACUGUGUCGAGAGGUUCGACCACCACUGCCCCUGGGUGGGCAACUGCGUGGGGAAGCGCAACUACCGCUACUUCUAUGCCUUCAUCCUCUCCCUCUCCUUCCUGACAGCCUUCAUCUUCGCUUGCGUCGUCACCCACCUCACUCUGCGCUCUCAGAGGGAUGGAUUCCUCGCCACUCUGAAGACAACACCUGCAAGUGUGCUGGAGCUGGUGAUUUGUUUUUUCUCAGUCUGGUCUAUUUUGGGCCUCUCAGGUUUUCACACUUACUUAGUCGCCUCCAACCUGACGACGAAUGAAGAUAUCAAAGGGUCCUGGUCAAGUAAGAGGGGCUCAGAGUUUGCCAAUCCCUACAGCCAUAAAAGUAUCCUCACAAACUGCUGUGCGGUGCUGUGUGGACCAUUCCAUCCCAGUUUGAUAGACAGAAGAGGAUUUAUCCAGCCAGAUGUCGGGACCCCGUCCAGUCCUAAGAGCGAAAUCCCUUCCUUUGGAGCCAAAACUGACACCAGCAUGGUAGGAGGCAUUCCCUAGCAGUGCUGUGAUGUAGCCCAGUGCCUGCUGUGCCUGCACCUCGCUCCAGCCAGUACCUUCCCCUCUUACCAUCUCCCCGGCCUCAGGCGGGACAGCCCUGUGAUGCAGAGCUGCCGAAGACUCAGUUGAGCCAUGUG